CACAACCCAAGCCAACCAAGCUCGCAAGCAAUGUGCCUGCCUAGGUUCCAUAGUUCCAGGAUCCUCUUGCCUACUGUACCUGGGCGAUUUUUCCAGAGUCUUCGAAUCUAUUCACGUUUUACGUUCUAUGAUUCACGUUUUAUUAGCUCUCCAUUUCAUAUGCUGGAGCACAGGUCGUAGCUUCUGCUGAAGCUCCGAUAUUAGCGCCGCCAUGGCUGCUGCCGUUGCUUUAGCCACUCCUCCCUGCGCUGACGUAAGCAUAGAAACCGCCGCCUCUGCAGCCUCAUUCCACUUCGUUAGCCCGCAGCAGGGCCAAGUGUCCGCAACUGACGGCAAUGGCGGCAAGCCGAGUCACGACUCAGUUAAGUCUAGCCUAGUAGCUGCCUUCAAACCAGGCAGCCAUUUAGAGCUGUUACGCGCGUUGAACGUGACGUCAUCUGACAAUGACUCGGGUGCGUCGCACGACACAUUCGAGGCGACGAGCUUUACCAGCAGCCUUGAGAGCGACGACGCGUCGCAAGAAACGGCUACUUCGACCCGUGCCACGGCUGCCACGGCUGCCCUUGCUACUCCUACUGCUUGUCGUGCGCUAGCGCAACCAGCGGCGUCAUCAGCGCGUGACGGGUAUGGCGGAUCAAUGCAACCAGCGCCGUCAGCGGCAAUCGAACCACCGUUACUAGCCGAAGCGUCGACUGUCGUUAAUGCCAGUCAUAUUCGCGAAACGGAUGUCACCGGUAAACCAGAGCAUCCGUCUAUCACGGCGAAUCUGGCGGCCGAGGGGUGCUUUCCAGCGGACUCGACUGUAGCCCCUCUCUCACCGCUAGUCGAACAAGAACCUCAGUCUAUUUCCCCGUUAGGAGCAGACUCGAUGCUGGGCAUAGAGUUUCCUGGCGAGACGGGAUGGGAGAGCGUGCGGCGCGCGCUCGAGGAGAAAGCGGCCGAGCGGCUGUCCAAUAGGAGGCGGUCCUUAGAGCACCAACCCAUCGGGUCGGUCGACGUGCGCGAGUUAGUCGCGGAGUGCGCGGUACUGCGGCGAAUGACGAGUAACUGCGGCGCGGCGGAGAUUCUGGAACGGAUGCAGACGGAAGGGGAGGAGGUGACGGACGACGACUGGGACGGCGCACGCGACUCGGCUGACGUCGCCCAGUUACGCGAAGCGCAAGGCGGCGGCGGCGGCGGCGUUCUUACGAGCAUCGUGCCCCCCAUGUCGUCGCGUUCGUGGUGGUCCGGAUGGUCGGCGGAAACUGGCGCAGUCGAGAGCGCAACAGCGCCUCUCGCUUCUGUCCUCGAGACACCGCGAACUUCGCGAGCUUCGCGGACGCCGCGGACGCCGCGCCAAGCCGUUAGAUCUAACGACGACAUCCCCACACCCCGAGUAAUCGCCGCGCCCGGCGGCAACGCUCCCGAACCGCUCAACGAGGCAAAGCCGCAGCAGCAGCAGCAGCAGCAGCAGACGUGCGAGCCUUGCACGCCACGUGGCGGCGGUGCGCGCGUGCGUCCCGCGCGGUGGCAGAUGGACUCAUCGCAGCUGGUGAUUCACGACUUCGUCGCGCGCGGCUCGUUCGGCACCGUGCAUCGGGGGCAGUACAAGGGCAGAGACGUCGCCGUGAAGCUUCUCAACUGGGCGGGGGAGAGCGUGCGCGGGGGGGGCGCGGGCGGGGCUGGGGGGGGCCCUGCGGGGAAGGCUGGGAGAAAGCAUGAUGCCCUGGGGAAAAUGAAUUCCGCGGAUUUGGCGUUUUUGCGGGAUGUGUUUGCGCAAGAGGUGCUCGUUUGGAGCAAGCUUCGACAUAAGAACAUAUGCGAGUUCGUCGGCGCGAUAAUCGGAGGACACGAGUCGUACGAUCUGGCGUCGACGGUGGAGGAUCACCAAGGGCAGUUGCGCGUUGGAAGCGAUUUCUGCUGUGUAGUAUUGGAGUUUCUCCCCGGCGGGACGCUGAAGCAGCUCUUAGCAAAACAGGAGAAGAAAAAUAAGCGAUUGCCGCUGAAACGAGCGUUGCAGUUGGCAUCACAAGUCGCCGAAGGCCUGAAGUACCUACAUUCACGCAACAUCGUGCAUCGGGAUCUCAAGACAGACAACCUGCUGCUGGACCAGAAGCAGAGGGUGGUGAAGAUAGCAGACUUCGGUGUGUCGAGGGUGGAGCCGGGGGACAAGACCAUGAGCCGACGCACCGGCACCUAUGGCUACAUGGCGCCAGAGGUGCUCAAGGAGCAGCCAUACGAUCACAUGGCUGACGUGUACAGCUAUGGCAUCGUGCUGUGGGAGAUCGUUACAUGUGGUAACCCGUUUCCCUUUGAGGGGCUCAAGCCGGAGCAAGUCUGCAGCAUGGUGCAUCAGGGCCUGCGACCAGACAUCCCAGCAUCAUGCCCGGCAACCCUGGCAGCCCUCAUGAAGCAGUGCUGGCACCACACGCCAGCACGCCGACCCGAUAUGGCCGAGGUGGUUGAGAGGCUCCGGACUCUCACCCUGCAGUGCUCCACAGCCCUCCCUGCCUGCGCCUGCAUGUAGGCUGCACGCACCGGCAUUCGCAUUGGCAAUCCUCAGCAGCAUGGCUGUAAUUGCACAUGUUUUGGCCAAGUUGUUUACUAAAUCCCAGCUUGGGGAAGUUUUCAGGCUGACAGCACAACUUGUGCUGUUCUAAUUGAAACAAUUGAUUUGAGGAUUGGUUGACCUUCCGUGACGAGUGCAAGGCAACAAGUGGUUGCCAAAAUGUGUUAAACUUUUCCACU